AGCUCAGCUGGGCGACCGGUGAGCCCCCGCGUCCUCUUCUGCUCAUUCCACCCCGUCCGAGAAGCGACCUACCCCGGGGAAGAUGCGUGUGGAGAGUCCCCACGGAGCUGGCUGGAUCUAAGGAGAGUGUGGGGGAAAAAGUCACCCCUCGCCUGCUUUGGUUGUACGCCGGUCAGGUGUGACCGUGUGAGGUGGUCCCGGAGCUCGGACCGCAGCGGUCUUAUCUUUUUCGAACUCCAGGUCGUCUAACUUCACGGAUUAUUUUUUUUUGUUUUGUUUUGUUUUCUUUUACCGCCCGCCGGAGCCAUGUUGUGGACACGGUGGCUCGCGUUGCUCCUGUGCUGGUGGGGGUCCGCGAGCGGCCAGUAUCAGCAACCCAACCAGGGCGACUCGAGAGCGGACCCCCACCGGCAGCGCUCGGCACCGCCGGUGGAGCCGCUGGAUUUUGGGUUCGUCCCGGCGGCGGUGUACGACACCCACGCCUACUACGAGCCCGGGACGAUGGGGCUACUCUUCCACAUGGUCCACGCUUUUCUCUACGUGGUCCAGCCCAACUCCUUCCCCAAAGAUCUGAUUGUUAAAGUAAUCCAGCAAAAUAUGGGAGGGAUCAUACUUGAAGAAUGGAGAAAGCCAGACAACGUCGUCCUGCUGCUCGAGGCGUUCUACUAUGAGCUGGGCUUCCUGGUGUGCGCGGCCAUCGGCGUCCUGUUCGUGGUUCUGGUCCCCGUGCUGGGCCUGUGCUUCUGCAUCUGUCGUUGCUGCGAGAACUGCGGCGGGGAGAUGCACCAGAGGCAGAGGAAGAACGCCGACUGCCGACGGGGCUUCUUCACUGCCACGCUCAUCGCCACCACCGUUUUCAUUGUCUUGGGGGUGAUCGUGGCUUACGCGGCGAACCACAACAUGAGCUCUCACAUCAAGAGCACCCGGCGGUUCAUCAACACCAACAUCCGAGACUUGAAGACCUUCGCCAACAACACGCCCGCGCAAAUCGAAUACAUGACAGCACAAUACACAACAGCCAAGAAUAAAGUCCUGUCCGAACUUGACAACAUCGGACCUUUGCUGGGCGGGAGGAUUCACAGUCAGCUGGAGAAGGAGGUGGUUCCGUCCCUGGACACGGCCCUCCGCAUGGCGGGAGCCAUGCGCGAGACUAAAGAGGCCCUGGAGAACGUCAGCUCUUCGCUGCAGGUCCUCCAAGAGGGCACGAACAAGCUCAGGGAAAGUCUGUCGACGGAGCGAGCGUCGCUGUCCAACACUUUGUCGGACCCGGCCUGCACCAACGGCGCCGUGUCGGCCAGCUGCAACGCCAUUCGCUCCACGCUCUUCCAGCUGGGCAUCAACGCCGACUUCUCAAAGCUGCCAGAUGUGGAUUAUGCCUUGGAGAACGUCCAGACUGUCCUGAAGACGGACCUCAGCAACAUUAUACAGAAGGGCUACUUGUCCUUCAAUGACACGCCGAAGCUGGUCAAAGAACAAACCAAAAACAUUGCGGCAGCGUUACCACGAGUGAAAGGAAUGCUGGAUAAAAUCGGCUCGGAGAUCAACAGCUUUGCCAAGAUGUUUCCGGUGGAGGCGUCGCUGGCCAACUUCACCGUCUUCCUCAGCCAGGGGCAGAAAAACAUCGAGUCCUACUACGGCCAGAUUGACCAGAUCGACUUCUACAGGUGGAUUGGAUGUGUGGCGGUGCUUUGCAUGGUGGUCCUCAUCCUGUCCUUCAACAUCCUGGGCCUGUUGUGCGGCACGUGCGGCUACGACAGGCAGGCCACGCCGACGACCCGCGGCUGCCUGUCCAACACGGGCGGGAACCUGCUGAUGGCCGGGGUGGGCUUCUCCUUCAUCUUCGCCUGGGUGCUGAUGGCCAUCGUCACCGCGCUGUUCGUCGUCGGCGGCAACGUGGAGAAGAUGCUGUGCGAGCCGCUGGCCAGCCGGCAGCUGUUCCAGAUCAUAGACACGCCUUUCCUUGUCCAUCCGGCCAAGAAGAACUUCCUUCCCGGGAUGCUGUUUCAGAACCCAAACAUUGACUUAACACUGGGAAGCAUGUACAGGGAGUGCUACGACAACAACGGCCUGUAUCACGCCCUGCAGCUCGAGACCAUGUUCAACAUCAACUCUUUCCUCAACAGGACGGUGUACAAUAAGGACCUGGCCAAAGUAUUCGAGAGCGUGCAGGUGGACCUGCAGGACGUCACGCUGCUGGAGCACGCGGGCAGGGACAACCUCAUCAACUUCGCCAACGCGGGCAUCGGGAUCAUUGACUACGAAGCGUAUUUGGCGGAGGUGAAUAAGGGAGUCACCCUUGUGGACCUUCUGACUUUCUCUACCGACCUGGAGGGGCAGGCCGAUCAGCUUCCACGCGGCGCCCUGGAGAACGCGCUGAAAGGUCACGCCAGCAGCAUCCGGCAGAUUCACAGAGAACUGGUGGUCCCCAUGGAGCAGGCCAUGAGCACCAUGAGUCAAAGUAUAAAGCAGCUGCAGAAAACCUCCAGUGACCUCCCGGUGAAGGUGACAAACAUCCUGAGCGCCAUCGACGCGGCGGAGUACCUCAUCAGUAACAACGCCUCACAUCUGGUGCAGCAGGAGACCAAAAACUACGUCCAGGGCUUGGUGGGCUACUUCAAACAGUACACGGACUGGGUUCACAACUCUCUGACGGCAGAGGUGGCCCAGUGCAAACCCAUCAGCAACAUCGUGGACAGCAUGGAGAUCGUGGGCUGCAGCUUCAUCGCGGACUCAGUGAAUACGUUCUGGUUCGGACUUGGACUCUGCAGCAUCCUCCUGCUCCCCAGCAUCAUCGUCUCCAUCAAACUGGCCAAAUACUACCGAAGGAUGGACACGGAGGACGUCUUCGAAGACGUCUCGCCCUAUAGCGACACCCUGAUCCGAUUCCCCCGAGCCUCGGCUCCCUCGAUCUGCUCCGACCGCUGACCCGAAACGGACGUCUCCCGCCCUGCGACGUCGAAGCGGACAAGAAAAUUGGAACUGAUUGGCCGGUUUCAUCCCCCCAUCCCGACUCGAGGCGCACCCCAAAAAAAAAAAGCCAAACGAGAAAGCGGGUUCAUGAACUGCCGCUGAUUCCCGACGUCGCCCCCUCCUUUUUCCAGCUUAACCGGAUUUGCCGUUCACAUCCUCGGAUGAAACCAAAAGGGAAAAACGUCAUCCAAAAAAAAAAAAAAAAAAAAAAGAAGAUGCAGGAACUCUGAAAUUGAAAGCCAACUGUCAUGUAUUUAUUCACAGUAGCUUAAAAUGUGUUCAUUUCCAUUCCCGCGUAGCCGCGGCCAUUUGUGUACAGUCCUGUCGGUCACAGAGAGUCGUGUACAUUUUUUUUUAUAUAUUUUUGUUAUUGUUUGUUUUUCUAACAUAGCAUUUCAUUUUGGGGAAAUAGCUUGUCAUCGUGACCACAAAAAAAAAAAAAAGUUUGACACUUUUGGGAAGCGUAUUAAAUUGUUGGUAUAUGACGGGAAUCAUGUAGCUUUACCUUAGCGUAUUUUAUUGUACCGUCCGUCCAUUUUCCACGCCGCUUAUCCUCACAAGGGUCGCCGAAGCGCCCGCAGCCUAUCCCGGCCGACUUUGAGCGAAAGGCGGACUACUCCAUGAAUGGGUCGCCAGUCAAGUCGCAAUUAAAAUAAAAUACUGAUCAUAAGCAAAGUCGUAAUAUUGGAGGGAAAAAGUAUUUACAAGAAAGAAAUGUUCAUUUACAAGGGGGGAAAAAAAAGCUACAAUGUUAUAUUAUCAAGGUUGGGAUUUCCAUAAGGGAAAAGAGAAAAAUGUCCUCUAUUUUACCAAGGAAGGGAUCUUUUUAUGAGACUAAAACUGUAAUACCAUCAUCAUGAUGAAGGAACUUAAUUUUAUGAAAAUAAAGCCGUACUUUAACGAGAAUAAUCCCGCGGCGCGAGAAUGAGGUGAAACAAAAGUCGUGACAUCACACCAAUAUAGUAAUGGUACAAGAAAAAUUAAUUUGCAUGAUGAGGGGAAAAACUAUUUUAUAAAGGUUAUGAUUUCCAAACUAAUCCUAAGGUAGGGGGAAAUGGUAAAUGUAUUUUUUUUAAGUCAAUUUUGGAGCUGCUUUUCCCUAAAUGUUCCCAAAGUCAUAAAAAGUAUCAGGAAGUGUUUAAAAAAAAAAAGUGUUUCAUUAGCUUGUGAACUGCUUUUUCCUGAUGCUUCCGAGCUCAUGCUAAGCUAACAGGAAAUGUUUUUAUUUUUUUAUGUGGUCAUCACACUAAGCAGAAUUGGAAAAUAUAUAUCCACAACUUAUCAUUUUCUAACGAAUGUAAACAAUUAGAUAAGAAGUUGCUGGCCACACAUCACACCCACUGCCACCUAAAACAGCAUACAAAGAGGGAUAAUAAUGCGUUUUUAUUUUUUAUGUUAUUAUCAGGAUUAUUGUCGCGCAAUUGGGAGUUGUGUCUAAGAGGCCAAAGACAAAUCACUGAGUGUAUGUGAGUGUGUGUGUCGAGAGGGAUGGGGUGUGGGGGGCAUAAAUCUAUAAAUAAAUAAAUUUAAAAAAGUCCAACAAGUGUCGGUUUUGUCUGCCUGCUGGCAAACAGAAGCUCCCAGUCAGGGACGUGGAAGGGGGGGGGGGCUUAAUACUGUAUUACCCACCCUUCCAAAGUACACAAACGGAAUCACUCCUAUGUUUUGGGGUCUUGACGGCUUUUUCGGAGGGGGGUGGGUGGGCUACAGAGGUGGCGUGAGCUGAACAUGCAGAACAUUGAUUCUUAUAGGAACAGGAAUAUACUUUCUUUCGACUUCACAUGUAUUUCACGAAAUGGAGAAAAAUGUGAUCAUUUUGUUCUCGUCGGAGAUGCGAAAAUUGAAAAAAAAAAAGCCAUUAUUAUUUUACAAGAUACUUCUGAGUUGUGAAAGUGACCAAUGAACGCAUUGUGGAAAUUAAAGUGAAAAAUCAUUUUUUAAAAACAGUGAAUUAAAAAGGGCACAAUAUCACUAUAAUAGAGUAAAAUAAUGGUGUUGCAAUAAAAAUGACCUGAUUUAUGAGGUUUUUAAGAUGUGAGCCAUCCGACCAAUUUUUGAUUCGCUAGCGUGAAUUUAUGGGGCGACUCAAUUUUAUUAGGGGCAACAGGUACGUAGUCAUAUUUAUCUUUUAAACCAUUGACUAAUUCCUGGUCUGAAGUUUAUAAUCAUGGAAAUGUAAGCUUCACUUACGUAGUUACAAAGUUGAUUCUGGCGCCUCAAAAUGAAGAGGAUGUGAUUCUUGUUGGAACAGAUCGUCUUUUACACUCAUAAUAAGUAUACUGUACACAAAGUAUACACACAUUUAAAAAAAAAAAAGUGCCAUAUAUUUCCGCAUCAAUAGUGAAAGAGGCUCUUAUGUAAGAUUAAAUGGCCUCUUUGUACUCCGCCGCUCUCGGGCUACAGACACCGCCCGCAUUUGCAAACGAAUUUCACCUGUCGCUACGCAUAGAAUCAUAUAAUCAUUGAAGUCCACUUGUUCUAGCACACACUGCUCCACGGUCGCCAUUGUUGU